GCCACCGCAGUGGUCGUUGAGGAUAACACCUCCUUUGCCUUACACGGCAACAACGUGUCAUACUUGUUCCAUUCGGAUGAGAACACUGGCGACCUUAUAUCCGACCACUUUGGCGGAAGCGUCACUGGGCCUAUACCCAGAGAUCCAACUCCAAUUGUCAAUGGCUGGACAGGGAUGUCGGGUCGCGUGCGCCGCGAGUUCCCCGACCAAGGAAGAGGGGACUUUCGCAACCCUGCGAUUCGGAUCCGCCAGUCUGGAGCUCACACCGUGUCAGCACUAGAGUACAAGUCCUAUACGGUAGUGAAAGGUAAACCCGCAUUGCCAGGGUUGCCAGCAACUUUUGGCGACGACCAUGAUGUUACGACCAUUGUGAUCCAUCUCUACGAUAAAUACAGCCAUAUAGCUGCGGAUUUGAUGUAUUCAAUCUUCCCUCGGUAUGACGCUAUUGUGCGCAGCGUUACUGUCACAAACAAGGGCAAGGGCGAUAUCAUACUCGAGGAUUUGGCGAGUCUGAGCGUUGACCUCCCCUUUGAAGAUCUUGAUAUGAUCUACCUCCGCGGUGAAUGGGCAAGAGAAACGCAUAGGCAAAGGCGAAAGAUUGACUAUGGGCUACAAGGAUUUAGAAGCAAUACGGGCUUUUCAUCCCACUCCCACAAUCCUUUCCUCGCGCUCGCUCAUCCCUCCACUACCGAGUCCCAGGGUGAGGCAUGGGGUUUCUCCCUUGUCUACACUGGUUCCUUUGCGGUCAACGUUGAGAAGUGUUCCCAGGGCAUGACGCGUGUCCUAAUGGGCUUCAAUCCCGAUCUGCUUUCUUGGUCGCUGGGUCCUAACGAGGCCCUAACGUCUCCAGAGUGUGUUUCAGUAUACUCCAAGGACGGGCUCGGGGGUGUUUCACGCUCCCUGCACGGUCUCUACCGCAACCACCUUGUCAAGAGCAAGUUCGCGACGGAGAAUCGACCUGUGCUUCUCAACAGUUGGGAAGCUCUUUAUUUCAACAUCAACAGCAGCAAUGUCUACCGUAUCGCACAGGAAUCGGCUGCUUUAGGUGUAAAGCUGUUCGUCCUAGACGACGGGUGGUUCGGAAAGGACUACCCGCGUAUCUCGGAUACAGCAGGUCUUGGUGAUUGGGUUGCGAAUCCUGCACGAUUCCCUGACGGCCUGGCCCCUCUCGUGAAAGAUAUCACAUCUUUGAAAUCGGCAGUUUUGACGUCUGCCAAAUCGUGUCCUAAUCUACGGUUCGGCAUCUGGAUCGAACCGGAAAUGGUCAACGCCAACUCAACCCUCUACCAAGAGCACCCUGAAUGGGCCCUCUCCGCAGAUCAAUAUCCGCGCACUGAACAGCGGAACCAGCUCAUCCUCAACCUCGCGCUACCCGAAGUUCAGGAUUUCAUCAUCAAAUCCGUCUCGGAGAUCCUCAGCAGUGCAGACAUUACAUACGUGAAGUGGGAUCAUAACAGAUGUAUGCACGAGACACCAUCUCCCACCACUCACCAUGCAUACAUGCUAGGCGUGUAUCGAGUCUUCGAGGCCUUGACAACGCGCUUCCCUGAUGUCCUUUGGGAAGGAUGUGCCUCCGGUGGCGGGCGAUUCGAUCCUGGUGUCAUGCAAUACUUUCCGCAGAUCUGGACUUCAGAUAACACCGAUGCGGUAGAUCGCAUCUUCAUCCAAUUUGGCACCUCACUUGCAUAUCCAGCAAGCUCCAUGUGCGGCCACAUCUCUGCUGUCCCAAAUCAUCAAACAGGGCGUACUGUCCCAAUGGCCUUCCGCGCCCACGUUGCAAUGAUGUGCGGUUCCUUUGGCUUGGAACUUGACCCGACUGAGUUACAACCAGAAGAAAGAGCCAUGAUACCUGAUAUGAUUGCGCUGUCAGAAAAGAUCAGUCCUAUUGUGCUCACGGGAGAUAUGUGGCGACUCAGUCUACCAGAGGAGUCGAAUUGGCCAGCGGUGCUGUACAUCUCGAAGAACGGCUCGCAGGCAGUCUUGUUCCUCUACCAACUUGGCUCGAAGGUGAACCACGCCCUGUCACGGGUCAAGUUGCAGGGCCUAAAUCCUCGAGAUAAGUACCUUGUUGAUGGGGAGGGGCCGUACUCGGGCUCGAUGUUGAUGAGUAUGGGACUGCAAUAUUGUUUUGACACGGAUUAUGCAAGCAAGGUCGUGUUUCUGGAGAAGGAGGCAUCUCAGUAA